CAUCAAAUGCUUAGAAACAGUGAACCAUUUUCAAGUUUGACAGUGCUUCAGAAAGCUUCGUUUCCCCCACCACUACGUCGAGCUAUAGAUUACUCGUCUACAGUCCGUUUAUUGACCACGCAUUAAUUUGACAAACACGAGGAUACACCACAGAAUACAAAAUGUGGCAUAACACCGGAAGAGGAAAUGCGUGUGUUACACUCAAAAUAGUCCCACUUGCUGCAGACUCACGAAUCACAGACAGCACUUAAACUAGAACUUUGUUAAUAAUACGAGUAUUUUUUUAUCACAUGUCUGUGUAUGUCUACAUGGGGUACCGGUGAAUUAGCAUAAAUGUCGGACACCGGGGAGGAGUGGCAGGUGGCCCGGCGACGAAAAGGCGCAGCGCGGCAAUCAAGAUCACUUCAGGUGUCCUCAAAUUCAACAUGCUGCCAGGAGCACCUGGACAUACGCAAAACUGUUAAACGAAUCAGAGACACAGUGUCUGAGCUAAGAUGCGAGGAGUUUUGGCAAGAGUGGAAAGAACAGCUGCUGGUGGCAGGAUCAGCAACCCUCACAAAACCUCCAGACAACAAGGACACUGAGGGCCCCACUGACCGGCUGGGGAGGACCAGAGAUGGCAGACUAUGCCAACAGCUGGAGUGUGUGUGUUAUGGACUUGGCUCCUUUUCCUCCUGUGUCUCCGCUCGCUACCAACUUGCCAUGUUGCUGCUGCUGCUGGAUGCAGGGCAGAUUCCCGUUAAGGACUGCUCUGUUUAUGACCCUGCCUUCUCCUCUGGAGAGAGGGAUGUUUUGAGUGAACUGGGUCUGACUGUGCUCACAGAAAAUGAGGAGGGGAAGCGUCUGUUGACUAAGCCCACACUCUUUUACCUGAUGCAUUGUGGGAAAGCCCUGUACAACAACCUUCUGUGGAAGAAUUGGAGUACACAGUGUCUUCCUCUGAUGAUAAUCAUUGGAAACAGCUUCAAUGGCAUGAGGGACAGGACAAUCGAGAGAGAGUUCAAGCGGGACUACGGCUACAUUACCCAGGCUGUGUCUGUGUGUGAGGAGAGACAGCUGCCCUGUCCAUCACGUCUGAUUGACGUCUUCAGUGACACAGCAGUCAUCACCUUUCCUACCAGCAGCCUGAACAGGCUACCACAAUCCACCUGGGCAGAGCCGCCUGAACCACAGUACCAACACUGCCUUGAUCUGGAGAUUAUUCAGAGGGAAACACGGAGCUGAGACGAGAGACGAACAAGAAAUGGACUGAAUGUUUUGGGGUUUGCUUGUUUUUUUAUUGUUGCCAUUAAUAUGAGCAGUUUUUAAAUAAAUUAACCCUGCCUCUAAUUGAGGAUUGAAUCUUGAAA